AUGCCGAAAUACUCCGUCUUUGUCAUCUUUGCCAACCGGCCCGCACUCGAUGAGUCUGAUGACGGCGAGAAACCCCAUGGCGACCCCUUGUACGAGCGGAUCCUCCGCGACUUUUUCAACUGGAUGCAAGGAGAGAUCAAAGCGGAGAGGCUGCAGGGCGCCGAUUUUCUCGACGAGUCGUCGGAGGAAACCAGCAUCAAGGUCGACUUUCAGACGCCCGACGAGGUAAAGGAAGGAAAGCUCGACGACAAGCUCAAAGAGAGUAGUAUCGACGAUGCCGCCGACGACGGAGCGCCGCCCCUGGUCGCGUCCAAGUCUUCCGUCAGGCGGGGUAGCCAGCACGCACUAUCCAGAGAUAUUUUGGGCUAUUUCACGAUCGAGUUUCCCACCGUUGACGACGUCAUUGCCUGGGCGCAAUCGUGCCCGCUGUCCUUUGAGGGAUGCAGCUUGGAAAUUCGGAGGCUUCACGACACCAAAAAGGCCAUUGAGGAUAUUCCGCCCGACAUCCGGGAGCGUACUGGGGACCAAAUGCUCGCUACCCGCGAGAGGAAUCUCCAGGAAGGAAAAUUGAAGAAGAAUGAUGAUGGAACGCUCUGGGCCAAGGUAGAGCUUGAGGGGCCAGCCAAAGAUAUGCUCGACGAGGCGGAGGAAAGAAAGGCGCAAAAGGAGCAAGAAUAG